AAAAGUGGGUUUUACUGCUCGAUUGUGGAGCUAAUUGUGGGUAUUCGAUUGGAACAGACGCUAUGCCCAAAGAGCAGUUUCGCGCCUCGGCGCUUAACAAGAAAAUCUCACAUGUGCAGUUUGGCAUCAGCGGUUCGGAUGAGAUUCAGCAGGAGUCGCUGGUGCGGAUUAUAUCGAAGAAUCUGUAUCAGGCACAGCGCCAGCCGGUGCCUUAUGGCGUUCUCGAUCGCCGCAUGGGCAUCAGCACUAAGGAUGCGUUGUGCGAGACAUGCGGCCAGGGCUUGAACGAGUGCAUCGGGCAUUUUGGCUAUUUGGAUUUGGCGCUGCCUGUCUUCCACAUUGGGCACUUUCGUUCCACGAUCAGCAUACUACAGAUGAUCUGUAAGACGUGCGCGCACGUCAUGCUCAAGCCAGAGGAUCGCAUUGUCUUCGAGAAGAAACUGCAUAAUCCGAAUUUCUCGUAUCUGGGCAAAAAGGCGCUGCACUCCCAGAUGCUUGCCAAGGCGAAGAAGGUGACCAAGUGUCCAUACUGUAUGGCCUCCAAUGGUGGUGUGAAGAAGGGCCCUGGCCUCCUCAAGAUUCAGCACGAUCCGUAUAAGGGGCGCAAGAAGGAUGCGCACUUCAACAAUCACAUGGACGAAAUGCUGCGGUCCACGGAACUGAAUCGUGAUCUCAACCAAACGCUGAGCAACUAUAGCGCCGCCGAGGAGUUAACGCCCCUCAUGGUGCUCGAUCUGUUCGAGCAGAUACCGCAGAGCGAUGUGGCGCUGCUGGGCAUGUGCUCUCGCGGCGCUCAUCCCAAACACUUGAUAGUCACUCGCGUCUUUGUGCCGCCGGCCUGUAUACGUCCGUCGGUGCUGUCCGAGGUGAAGGCCGGCACCACCGAGGACGACUUGACAAUGAAACAAAGCGAGAUUCUGUUAAUUAACGAUGUUAUCCAGCGACACAUGGCCACCGGUGGUAAGAUUGAGCUAAUACACGAGGAUUGGGACUUUCUGCAGCUGCAUGUGGCACUGUAUUUCCACAGUGAGAUCAGUGGCAUACCACUCAAUAUGGCACCGAAGAAGACGACGCGUGGCAUUGUGCAGCGCUUGAAGGGCAAACAGGGACGAUUCCGUGGCAAUCUGUCUGGAAAGCGUGUGGACUUCAGUGGUCGCACCGUCAUCUCACCCGAUCCCAAUCUGAUGAUCAAUCAGGUCGGCGUACCGGUGCGUGUCGCCAAAAUUCUCACCUAUCCGGAACGUGUGAAUCCGGCGAAUAUUCGCAUAAUGAAACAACUGGUUCGCAAUGGUCCCAGCGUCCAUCCGGGCGCCAAUUAUGUGCAGCAGCGUGGCUCCAGUUUCAAGAAAUAUUUAGCCUACGGCAAUCGCGAGAAGGUCGCCCAGGAGCUCAAGUGCGGCGAUAUUGUGGAGCGGCAUCUACGUGACGAUGACAUUGUGCUCUUCAAUCGCCAGCCGUCGCUGCACAAGAUGUCGAUCAUGUGCCAUCGGGCCAAGGUGCAGCCACAGCGGACGUUUCGCUUUAACGAGUGCGCCUGUACGCCGUACAAUGCGGAUUUCGAUGGCGAUGAGAUGAAUCUUCAUUUGCCGCAAACGGAGGAGGCACGGGCCGAGGCCCUCAUCCUUAUGGGUAAUCAAUCGAAUCUGGUGACGCCAAAGAACGGUGAGAUAUUGAUUGCGGCAACGCAGGAUUUCAUCACUGGCGGCUAUCUGCUCACCCAGAAGGAGGUAUUUCUCACCAAGGAGGAUGCCAUGCAGCUGGCCGCCUGUUUUCUGGCUAGCGAGGAUUCAACGCUGCGCAUUCAAAUGCCGCCGCCAGCCAUUUGGAAGCCGCGUCGCCUGUGGACGGGCAAACAGAUGUUCAGCCUGCUGAUGCGACCCAACGAUGACAGCAAAGUGCUCUUCAACAUGGUCAACAAAGGUCGCAACUAUGCCGGCAACAUGGAUCUCUGCGUCAACGAUUCCUGGAUUCAUAUACGAAACUCGGAGCUGAUGUGCGGCACCAUGGAUAAGGCGACAAUGGGCUCCGGCACCAAGCAGUGCAUCUUCUAUCUGCUGCUACGCGACUUUGGCGAAGCAUUCGCCACCAAGGCCAUGUGGCGAUUGUCUAGGAUUGCAUCGUAUUUCAUACAGAAUCGGGGAUUCUCGUUUGGCAUCAGUGAUGUGACGCCGAGCGCAAAGCUGCUGCAGCACAAGCAGGUCCUGCUGGAACGGGGCUAUGCCAAGUGCAACGAGUACAUCGAGAAGCUCAAAUCGGGAACUCUCCAAUGCCAGCCCGGCUGUACGCCCGAGGAGACUCUCGAGGCCGUAAUGCUGCGCGAACUGUCCGGCAUCCGUGAGCAGGCGGCGAAGACCUGUUUUGCCGAACUGCAUCCCACAAAUAGUGCCUUAAUCAUGGCCCUCAGUGGCUCCAAAGGAUCGAACAUCAAUAUCUCGCAGAUGAUCGCCUGUGUCGGCCAGCAGGCUGUCAGUGGCAAGCGAGUGCCAAACGGUUUUGAGAAUCGAGCACUGCCCCACUUUGAGAGGCACUCUGCGAUUCCCGCCGCUCGUGGUUUCGUUGGGAACAGCUUCUACUCCGGCCUGACGCCCACCGAGUUCUUCUUCCACACGAUGGCUGGUCGCGAGGGUCUCGUCGAUACGGCUGUCAAGACGGCCGAGACGGGCUAUCUGCAGCGUCGUCUGGUCAAGUGCUUGGAGGAUCUGGUUGUCCAUUACGAUGGCACCGUGCGCAAUGCCAUCAACGAAAUGGUCGAUACCAUCUACGGCGGCGACGGCCUCGAUCCCGUCUCAAUGGAGACGCGCAACAAGCCCGUCGAUCUCCAUCACCAAUACGACAAUCUGCGCGCCCAGCAGCCAAUUGGCGAUCAGCUUCCGCUGCAGUACGACGAGAUACUCAGUGUGGCCGACUGGAUGCUCAAGCAGAAGGAGUUCAAGGAAGCGCGCGCUGACUUUAAGCUGGAUGUGACCAAUCAUCUGAAAAUGGUAUCCAAGCGGAUUGGUCAGCUGCAGCAACGGUAUGGUGAGCAACAUCAGGUGCUGUGCAACCAGAUCGAGUCCAUCAGCCAGGAGCAAUUGCUGGAGUUUCUGCGUCGCAUCAACGAUCGCUACAAUCGGGCUGUCACCGAACCGGGCACCGCUGUGGGUGCUAUUGCGGCACAGAGUAUUGGUGAGCCGGGCACACAGAUGACACUGAAGACGUUCCAUUUCGCUGGUGUCGCCUCCAUGAACAUAACACAGGGUGUGCCGCGCAUUGUCGAAAUUAUCAAUGCAACGAAAUCGAUAUCGACACCAAUUAUCACCGCCGAGUUGCGUAAUAAUAAGAGCAUGGAAUUCGCCCGCCAGGUGAAGGCGCGCAUUGAGAAGACAACGCUCGGUGAGCUCUCCUCGUAUGUGGAGCUUGUCUGCGGUCCAUAUAGCUGUCAUCUCGUUAUUAACAUCGAUGCGGCGCGCAUUAAAGUCCUGGGACUAUACAUCGAUCUGGAUACGAUAAUAGCCAGCAUUUUGAAGUCCCGUCUAAGGAUUAAGCCCGGCCAGGUGCAUGCCAUACCCAAAAAGUCACGGAUCAUUAUCCGUGUCGAGUCGACAAAGAAUGCGACAAUUAAUGCGGAACUCGCACGACUGGCGAUCACCAUACAGAAUGUCGUCGUUGGCGGCUUACCGAAUAUAGCACGCGCUGUCAUCGCCGUCGACGAUGCCCAACAGCCGCCGACAUAUAAGCUGUGCAUCGAGGGUUAUGGUCUGCGGGAUGUGAUUGCCACGUAUGGCGUUAUUGGCGAGAAAACACGCAGCAAUAACAUUUGCGAGAUUUAUCAGACACUCGGCAUCGAGGCGGCGCGCACCGUUAUUAUGAGCGAGAUUACGGACGUGAUGGAGGGCCAUGGCAUGAGUGUCGACUGGCGUCACAUUAUGCUGCUGGCCAGCCAGAUGACGGCACGCGGUGAGGUGCUCGGCAUCACCCGGCAUGGCUUGGCCAAAAUGCGUGAAAGCGUCUUCAAUUUGGCAUCGUUCGAGAAGACAGCGGAUCAUCUGUUUGAUGCCGCUUACUAUGGCCAAAUGGAUGCAAUUAAUGGCGUCUCGGAACGCAUUAUAUUGGGAAUGCCGGCGGGCAUUGGCACUGGGAUAUUUAAGCUGUUGCAGCAUCACGAGGACAAACAGGUGCCACCCAUCCAGACGACCAUAUUCAAUGAGCUGAAAUUGACGCCGCUUACAUAGCACCAUCCCAAUAGCAUCCCAAUUAGGAGAGCAAAGCAUCCGCCCGCCACUCACUCAGUUCCUGUGAAAUGCCGUAGCAGAUAAUAGUCGCUUUAUUAUUAGUUAAUCAGCUUAGUUAGACAACGCCAUGUUUUCCAAAUCAAACGUCACAAAUCCCAAACGCCUGUAAAUCAAUUCGGCUUAUCGAUACAAAUCGAUUUUCUGCUUCAUCGAUUUCUAAUGGAGAAUGGAUAUGCCGUCUACGACUUAUGCUGAGAACUUGGUUUCAAGGUAUCUCCUAGCCGAGCUCACCCGACUGCAGCAUUCUCUUAUGUCGAAAUAAACAAACUGUUGGUAAUUCAGCUGAUGUUUGUGGAUCGAGUUAAAUUGUAAGUAAUCACUGUUGUUCACAAUUUGGCUACUGAUAUGAUCUCUGCACUAUGUGGAUAGACAUGCUGAAAUAGUUGGAACAAAUUGACCAAUACAUCAUAGCUAGUGAUUACUGUGGCACGCCUAAGUGUUUUUAGCUAACACAGAUAGAUUGUGAAAGCGAAUUAAUAAACAAUAAACUUGACAACGAA